AUGGCCGCGGAAGGACCCCGCCCCGGCUUCCUGGGAAAUAUCAAUGAAGACCAGGAGGUGAAGCUACAGAAGCUAUGGGCUAUUCUACUCAGAGCAGCCGAGAUCCCCUCUGAGGAAGAUGCCAACGGAGUUGUCGAGGAGGCCCCAGCAAGCCCGACUCCAUCCGCACCCCCACGACGCAUGUCGCUUCUAAGCCGCACCACUACCUCCCAAAGCACCACUUCCGACAAGGCCGUCCCCACCCUCACAAGACCGUACCAGCAAAAGUUCAUGGCCUAUCUCCGCGAGCUUGGCAUUGGCCCCAAUGAGACCAAGAUGGUCCAGAAGGCCCUAUCGGAGAUCAGCCCCGGCGAGCUUCGACAGGGUAUUCUUGAGCUCUUGAAGCACGACCACCCAGAUGCUAUGAUGUUACGAUUCCUUCGUGCGCGCAAGUGGGACAUCUGCAAGGCAUUCGCGAUGAUGAUGGAAGCCAUUGUCUGGCGAGUUAAGGAGAUGCACGUGGACGACGAUGUGAUGGCAAAGGGCGAGCUCUAUGCGUUGAAGCAGGAGAAUGGCUCCAAUCCCAGUAGUAAGAAGGCAGGAAAGGACCUCCUGGAUCAGAUGCGCAUGGGCAAGAGCUAUGUUCAUGGAUUUGAUAAGAUCGGUCGACCAAUUGUGGUUAUUCAAGUCCGCUUGCACAAGCCUGGUGCCCAGAGUGAAGAGACUUUGGAGCGGUAUAUUGUUCAUGUCAUCGAGUCUGUCCGACUCCUUAUGGCUGGUCAGGUUGAGACUGCUUGUGUUCUAUUUGAUAUGACGGGCUUUGGCCUUUCCAACAUGGAAUACCCGCCAGUGAAAUUUAUUUUGAAGUGUUUCGAGGCCAACUACCCGGAAUCAUUGGGAGUCAUGUUGAUUCAUAAUGCUCCUUGGAUUUUCUCUGGCAUUUGGAAGCUCAUUCGCGGCUGGAUGGACCCCGAUAUCGCUGCCAAGGUGCAGUUCACCAACUCCGCCGACGACCUGACCAAGUUUAUCGACCGCAGCAAACUGCCCAAGGGUGUCGGUGGUGACGAGAACUGGGAGUACAAAUACAUCGAGCCCAAGGAGGGCGAGAACAAAGCAAUGGAAGACACCACUACCCGCGAUGCUCUUCUGCGCGAGAGACUACAGAUCGGCGAGGAGUUCCUCACUGCCACCGCAGAAUGGAUCGAGGCAGCCAAGGCUAAGGAUAAGAGUAAGAUCCAAUCUGCGGCGAGUGAAAGGACAUUCCUGGCAGAGCGGUUGCGGGUCAACCACUGGAAGAUGGACCCUUACAUUCGGGCUCGUCUUUGUCUGGACCGAAUGGGAGUGAUUCAGGAAGGCGGCAAGGUCGAUUUUUACCCCAAGGAGACAACCAAUGGAUCGAGUAAGGCGUCGGAAAUUGAACAUUUGGAGAAAGUAAAUGGUAACGGGAUUCAAACUGCAGUUUCAGCAUGA